AUUCUAGAGUGAUUCCGAAGAUAAUGAAUCUUGGUCGACAGAAAGUACCAAUGAGGAUCAUGAAUUUGAAAUUGCAGAUGGGAGAAGGCAAGCGUUGGAUGAACUUGAUGAUGCAGAGGUUGAAGAAGAUGAUGUGGAAAGUUGCACAAGGGAGAUCAAUGAAUAGAGCAAGGGCAAAGAGGGCGGCGCAACAGAGUGGGAAAUUGGUUGUCAUUACAGGAACCGAUAAAGAGGUGAGCCCCAACAACGGAGUUGCUAGCAAGUCUAUUGAUGAUAGCGGGAUCCAGAAUUGUAAUAGAUCUCUAAAAAGGAAAGUGCAACAGAAGCUGGCUAAGGACAUUUGGGAGAUAGCCAAACGACUAGGAGUGACGACAGAGUUGGAUGAGGAGGUAAUUCGAAGAAUUGAUGAUAUGGAGAGAAGAGAUAGCCAAGCCAAAGCAUACAUGGCGAAGCAGGAAGCUGGAGGUGUGAAGAAGGUAUGUAUUGAUUCUAAUGAUAAUGGUAUCAUUUAACAUUAGAGGCUUAGGAGGGGUUGGAAAAAAAAGACAUAUCAGGGAUAUAGUGUUGAAAGAGAAGGUGGAAUUUUUAGCUAUUCAAGAGACAAAAAUGGAAGUAAUUGAUAUAAGUUUGUGCAGAAGGGUAUGGGGGAACGGAGGAUUUCGAUUGGAUUUCCAAACCAUCUAUUGGCUUCUCUAGAGGAUUGUUGUGUGUGUGGAAUAAUAAAGUAUUUAAGAAGGA